AUGCGUAGAGAAGCGGAUGUCGAAAAGGGAAGAGGCGACACCGGCGCGCCCACGGCGACGGGGCACGUGCGCGUCCUCCACCUGGCGCACCCCCCAAGCGACCUGCGGCUCUCGGAGGCCGCGCGACAGGAGGCUGUGACGCUGACGCUCCCGCCCACAGACGGCGGGGGUCUGGCUGGAGUGACGGUGAACAGCGUGGUGGCGGCGGCCCGGCGGCAGCUGCGCCUGGGCGACGCGGCGCUGCAGCUCAGCCUGCACGGCGUGGUGCUUCCCCCGCAACAAGACGUGGCGGAGAUGCUGAGUUCCGUUCCGCGCGCCACCCGCCAGCGCCUGGUGUUCCUCCUCAGCCCCAGCCAUGCCGUGGGCGCCGGCGCGAAGGGAGAGGAAGCGAUAAAAACGCCAAGGCAGGUCAUGUUUGCGGAACCGCCGCUGUCGGCAUCACCCACGCAGGCGGCACUCGCGCCCACGCGUAACGGCGAAGCAACACACUCGCCCUCGUUGCACGCCGCAGUGGACGCGGCAAGUGGGAGGGAGUCGCCGGCGCCGCAGUGCGUGUUUUUUGAGUCGUGGCUUCAUCCGCACCGCUGUGGCCGCUGCCAACGGGUGCGGGCGCAGCACUGCCUAUUUGCACCCACACGCCAAGAACGCCUCCAAAGUGGCAUGACUCUGGCGAAGAAAACGACCCGUCCGCAGCGACGCCAGAGCCCAGAAACAGGAGUCGCGUUGCAGAAGUUGGUGUUGCCGUAUUAUUACGCCGACCCACGGCAGUGGCGGCCGCAGCGUGGUGAACGCUAUCAUGGGCACAGUGAGACAUGCCACGACUUCUGCGCAUCCUGGGGCAACCCCCAGCUGUGUCGCAACUGCCAAAGACCCAAGGAGAUGCAUCAGGUAGAUGACAAGCGUGCGGUGGGGCGGCCCUCGGCAACGCCUGCGAGGCGGCAGCGCAGUCUGGAGUCCUCCUUCGUCCACGCUGCUGGGAAUACAUCCCCACCAGCGUAUGCUCGCAAGGCGUGUCCGCACCUUGUCCCGUCCUCGAACAGUGAGUACUGCACGGCGUGUUACUCGCGGCGGGUGAAGCAGAUUUCCCAAGUUGAGCGGUGCUCCCCGCUGAUCCACGUGACCCCACGGCGGCAACGUGCCUCGCCUGCACGUGCAAAGACGCACAGCCUGGAAGACUGGCUUGCCCUCCCCUCGGCUGAAGAAGGGACCGCGACUGUGAGAAGGGGCGAGGCCCGUAGCCGCGUUAACACGAAGCGAGGCAGGAAGCAGCUCGAUGGCGCAGGGCGUGGGAGGGGGUUGACUCUUGUGGAGGCGCGUCCCUACCUUUCCUUUUCCUCCUCCUCUUCCGCCUCCUCUUUUGCAGGGCCGGGGGCGCCCCCCGUGGCGACGGUCCCCAAAAGACGGAAUAACCGCGGUGCCGCCGUAGCAGAUAUCCCCUGGGGCCUUGUGCUGCAGUACACUACAUUGGAUGAGCUACGGGUGUGUCGGAGUGUUAGUUCCGCCAUGCGCACUGCCGCCGUUCCACUUAUUCAUGAAAAUUGCACAUACAUUCUCAACGUUUUCGAUGUUCCACGUCGGAAACGUGAAUUGCUCGUACAACAUGCCGAUCGCUACGCCUCGCUUAUUCUGGACGCACUGCGUCAACGCACGCCGUGUUAUGCGCCCAUGGAUGCCGCCACGCAUCCUCUUCGCUUCCGCCGCUUCUGCCUCUUGCGCUUUCUUGCGGCGAUGCAGGCCUUAAGCUGUGGAAGCGAAGACGGCGUCGUGGAAGCGGCGAUUCAGCUAGGGAGAAACCGGGCGUCACCGGCGCCGUCGGGGUAUCUCCUUUCUUUUUCUCCGACAGGCCACGUGUUGGCUGGUGGGAGGAGCGGGAAAGGGGGAACGGUGGGGGACGCGUUCGCUGCGCAGGAAUUUGCCCACGAUGCGGCAGCUAAAACUGCCUUGGUGCCAUUUAUUAAGAGACUCGCCUGGUGCGACCCCGCCUCACUGUCGCGGGCGGCGGUGCAUGGCAUCGUAGACGCAUUCGAAGCAAUUUCCGUGGCAGCAGCGGCCUCCCUGGUGCACCGCUGCGACGAUGGACAGCUCACCGAGGUGGGGCGGGACACGCAACAAACGCGCUUUUUCUCACUAGAAGAGUUUUUUGACAAACAUGCACUUCUGCCGCUUGUUGACUUUUUGCAGACGGUGGAGGUGGUGGCGCAGAUGAAGUGGAAGACGCAGAUAUUUGUAGGCGCGCACUCCCACGACCACCACCUCCACCGUCGCUUGUGCCAUUUUGCCGGGUGA